GGGGAAGCAGACCACCUGCCCUUCGCAAAUGUGACUCCCGGCAGCGGGGGGCGCCUCCAGCACGGCGGCUGGCGGGGUGAGGGCUGCGGGGGGCCUCUCCCUGGGACACCCCAUCAUGCUGUGACCUUCAGGCGACCUUCCGUGUGGCCCACGUAAUGCCCAAGGGUGAGCUGUCCUGAGCAGCCGUGGUCCCGCCACCCGUCCAUCCGCACCCCCACGGCAUCAUGGAGUCCAAAGGGAAGGCAGCCAACAGCCCCAAGCCUGAUGCCAAGGGGCCCCAGGCCGCGGCAGAGGUCCGAGGCCCUCCAGUGGUGGACGGGAAAGCCCCCUCGGCCAAGCCUGGGAAGAAGGAGGCCCAGGCGGAGAAGCAGGAGCCGCCCGUGGCCCCCGCCCAGCCACCUGCCAAGAAGACGCCAGCCAAAGCCGACCCCGCCCUCCUGCACAACCACAGCAACCUGAAGCCGGCCGCCCCGGCCGCCCCGGCCCCCGCCGCCCCUGGCCGCCCCGAAGCCGCCCCUGAGCCCAAGGGCCCUGGCGACGGGGCCGAGGGGGACCAGGCCCCCAGUGGGGGCCGUGGAGGCCAAGGCCCCUGCUCCUUCGAGAACUUGACGCCCCUGCUGCUGGCUGGGGGCGCGGCCAUGGCCGCCGUGGCCCUGAUUCUCGGGGUGGUGUUCCUGGCACGAAAAAAGUGACGCCGCUGCCGGGCGGGGCCCGCGCCCCGAGCGGACCACCUGCGGGAUGUGCAUGCCAACUCAUAGCUGUGUACCCAUAGCCCAUAGGCGACAUAUACACACACGCCCCGACACGGGGAGACACGGACAGGCUGCCCGGGCAGUGGGGCCCGCCCCCUUAGCUGGUCCCUAGCGUGUCCCCCUCCCCCUCCCCCAGGCAGGGACCGGCUCCUGGGCCUGAGCAGCACAGGGUGGAGCCGUGGCCUCGGGCAGAGGGCUCAGGCCAGGGCACAAGGGGCGGUGGAUGGGGUGGACCCUGAGCGGGGCCAGCUUGUCCCAAGGGGCCCCGGGGUCCUGGGGUUUUCCUGGCCGCUUCCUGAAGAGCCCCAGGCCGGAGGGGGCCAAGGCUCAGGGUCCAGGCCGGGCUCUGACCUGGGCCCGGCCACGUGGACAUUAAAGGUGUGGCUGUUUCACCUCCCUCCUCUGCUCUCUGCUUGCAGCCGGCGGAGUGGGGUCUACGGGCUGAGCCGCUCCAGGGCUGACCCCAGGCUUCCUGCCACCUCUGCCCGCUGCCCUCCCGGAGCUGGGGAGGCGGUGCAAGGCCCGUCUCCGGAGGGGUCACCCCACUUCCUGCCCUGAGCCCUCUCCCCAUCCUGUGGCAACUGUCCAGGGGGGGCAGCUAGGGGUGGGCAGGGAGGAGGGUAUCAAGGACCUGCCCCGCAGCUGUCUGCCGAUCCCCCAAAGAUGCCCCGGAGAGGCCCCUCCUGCCUUACCCAGCGUCCUUUGAGUCGAACAAGCGUAUAAAUGCAAUAACAGGUAGAGUAGAACCACGUGGUGGGUGACCAUCACCACGCCCACUGCCCCAUGAGCCCGCAGGGGGCCGUGCUGGGCAGCCCCUCUCCUGCCCAUGGAGUCCCGGCGUGGCCACUGCACGGUGGCACAGGCGGGCUCUGGAGGGCCGUGGUGGGCACCGUGGACCCUGACUGCCCGUCCCUGGCCGGCCGGCCGCUGGAACGCCGGGCCUGAUGGAGGCUGGGCCUACAAUAAACUUGUCUCUCGGC